AUGCAAUUGAAGUCUCUUUUAUCUGAGGAGCAGUGGGCCCAGCAUCAAGCCAACCUCCGGAAGGCCAAGGCGAACAUGGAGAAGGAAUACGGGACCUCAAACGUGGUUAUCCUGGACUCACCUCCUCGGGCACCUGUAUCUCGACAAACUGCUGCUCCUCGAGCUCCCACCCCAAAAAUGGCAACACCAAACACAGCUCCUCGCACAGCUCCUCCCUCACGCCACACUGCUGCACCCAGUUAUACCUCUCCAGCUCCUCCACAUACCCCCCAUCACGUAGCCCCCGGAUAUAUGACUGGAUAUGGACCUGGUGCCCCUGGUUACUGUCCUCCUACUACCGCUUGGUCUCCCUCACCUGAAUUCCAGGGAAACUACCAGAGUACAGUCAAGUCACAUCCCUUCCCAGGCUACUGUGGCAAUACACCAACUAAUGUACAUCGACCUCAGUCCAAUUCACCUCUUCUGCAUACUCACUUGCCCUAUGGACAGUCUCAAAUGCCACAUGGGAAUCCUCCAGCAUCACUUGUGGGAUCUUCAGCAUCUAAGAUGCACACUCCAGCGCCACUGGUUGCUGCGUCCCCUGUUAUCAUCAUUGACGACUCGCCGCCUCUGAAGAAUGCACCAUUGCCUCAGAAUACCACCCCCACACCUGUUGGGAAGCCAGACCAGAAGCUAGCGGAGGAAUCGCCACCUAAGCCUACUUCCAAGACUUCUGAAGAGUCCACUGUUAAGUCUUCUGAGGGGUCCACCGAGAAGCCCAUUGAGUCGACUAAAGAGAAGCACGCCGAGAAGGCUGCUGAGGAGUCAGAACCUCCUGUUGGUGCUGCUACUCCCUCAUCAGCAGCUUCGUCCACAUGUUCUUCUCCAGUUGCAGUCACCGCUCCAUCUUCACCAAUUGUGACAACAACUACAGAUGCUUCUUCACCAGCGGUCACGACAGCAACCCCAUUACUUUCCUCCUCAGCCACACUCCCAGUUACUGCAACCGUUGCAGACUCAGCAUCACCUCCUUCUGUCGAAUCGUCCUCCCCUUUUGGACCCCUAUCCCCUGACAUGGCUACUCCGGUGCAUGCGUCUCCUGCCAUGGCUUUGUCGUCACCUCCCGUUGUCCCGGUUUCCCCUGUUCAAGAGGCACCAGCAAACUCUUCACCUGUGCGAGAAAAUGCACCCAUGGCAACAUGUCCUGUCGAGAUCUCGUCUCCUGUCGACAUGGUUUCUCCAGAGACAUCCGCCGCCCGUUUCGUUGGGUUGUUGUUCGCAAGAAACAGUGGUAAUGAUCUAGCGAACUUUGCGAAGUCUAAGGCAACGACAUUCGGCAGGAAUCACCAACCGCGCAUGCCUAAAUUCGUCGUGGCUGGCUCACCUUCAACGGCUACACCAAAGACGACAACCAACAAGAAGGAGCUCAAGGACGCCAACAGGAAGAGAUCAAGUCACAAGGACACCAAACAUGAGCUGACCACCUUAUUGGACGAGCGCCUCAAGCAAAACAAGAAGCUCUUUCAGGUUCUCGAGACUCAGAGAAAGGAGCUUGACGUCCCCGAGUUCAAAUUUCAUUCCCCGACUCCCGUGGCAGGAUGCGAAUACAGUCAGAUCGUGUAUGACCGUCACUACACGUGUGUCUACGACCAGGAGAAGGAUGUGUAUAACCCAGUUACCCCAGGAACCAAGAGAGAGGACUUUGCACUUAUUGUCUUCACAGCUAAGGAGCUUAUGCGACUGGCUGAGCUUGAGAAUGGAAUGGAGACGAUGUCUGAGAUCAGGAAGAGUCCAGCUCUGUGUGGAUGCAAGAUUGCUGUGCUUCUAACCCAAGGACUGGAAAAGGCUCUUCAAAGUCUUUUUCACGCAGUGGAGGCAGACAAGCACAAGAAGCAACUGGGCGGGACUGGAUACCUUCCCAAGAAGGAUAUCAGUGGCAACGAGGAGAAGGUCCAUCGGGUCCGUCAUUUUGUUAACACUCUGUACUUGACGCUCAGCUACAAGCCAGUGGACUUCAACACCGAUAAGGAGCUCGCCGAGUACAUUUGUCAGAUGCAUCUGGGUCGUUCUCUGCAACCCUAUCGCCAGAAGCUCGAGCUUUACAGCUCUGAAACCAAGUCCUAUAAGACCAAGAAGGAGUGUCUGAGAUCUAUGAUAGAACAGCAGAAGCGAGUCACUCUCCAGGCUGCCAAGAACAUCAGCGACCAGUUUGAAUCUGCACAGGCCUUGGCCAAGGCAUUCGACGAGAAGGGACCAAAGCUUCUGGUUGGUACUGGCCUUUCAGCUGGCAAGAAAUUGGGUCCAAUUACUUCUGACUACAUCUACCAACUCUUCACUUGCAAGGAUCCCACUAAGGAGAUCUUCUCCCAGCUGUAA